AACCUGACAAAGCGUCUGAGAAACAGAGCGAAGACUGUCGUCGGAAGAACGAGACGCGAAAGACGCUCGUUUCACCGAGGGGACGCACAUUCACGGAUUUAUGAUUUUUCUUUCUUUCUUUGCGUUGGACAGCUAUUCUCCUGCACCCUGUAGACCACGUUCCACGUACGUGGUAGCUGCAAACUUUCUGUUUAGUUGACAAGUGAGCUGCUCGGGAACUCUGGACAUGUUUUGCGCUCUAGAAGGAACUUGGUGACGAGAGGAGGAAAGUUUCGGAGGGGGGACAGCGAUAUGGUUUUACCAAGUGUUUUGGAAGGAUAACGCGGAGAAACCCGGAUUUCUUUGCAUGGCAUUGGACUACGCUGUCAGACGGGUUUGGAAUAUAUCCUCUGAUCUGAGUUGAUGCCGGCUGAUUGUGGAAUAGUAAGCUGAAAAAAAAAGGCCGCGCCUCAGAUUUUUUUUUUUUCUGCUGCAUUGUGGUAUUGGAGACAUUCCUCCCCUGGAUUCAGCUCAUGCUCUCUCCUCCCUUAUCUGUGCAUGCCAAACAGAGAUCUCCACGAUUUAGUCCUCCCUGGUGAUUGGGUGAAUUCCAGUGAGUGACAGGCCAACCCUGCAGCAGUUGAUGGUUGGGCGGACCCCCUCAGAUGGGAUCAGUGUCCAGGGGGAGGUGGAGAAGGGGGGUAUGGGGAGCGCUGUCCCCCACUAACGGGAUGGGCUCGUGGGCCUGGCUGCUGGCCGCUGUCCUGCUGUCCCUUUUGACUGUCAGCCUGGCCCGGCCGCCCCUUACCGCCACCAAGGAGGAGGAGGCCACUCUGGAACCUGAAGAGGCAUCGAACAAAUACCAAAUUUCUAAGCCCACGGUGUGCUCAGUGCACCCGGGGGAAGUGCUGAAGCUGAGCUGCCCUCUGCCAGCGACGGGGACCAUCACCUGGACCAAAGAUGGCAGCUCUCUGGGCAACAACAACCGCACGCUGAUAGAGCAGGAAGUGCUGCAGAUCCGUGAUGCCACGCCAAAGGAUUCAGGCCUGUACGCCUGCACCAGCGUGGGCAAAGACACGGUCUGCUUCAUAGUCAAUGUCACAGAUGCCAUCUCGUCGGGGGAUGAUGAGGACGAUACAGAGCGAUCGGAGGACACUGGGGCGGAUGGAGAGCAGUUAAGCACUCCGUAUUGGACCUCAUCAGCAAAGAUGGAGAAGAAGCUGCAUGCGGUGCCAGCUGCCAACACAGUCAAGUUCCGCUGUGCUGCAGGAGGCAACCCGAAGCCCAAGCUGCGCUGGCUUAAAAACGGCAGGCCUUUCCCAGAGGACCGCAUGGGAGGGUAUAAGGUGCGUAGCCAGCACUGGACCCUGAUCAUGGAGAGCGUGGUGCCAUCGGACAAGGGCAACUACACCUGUUUGGUGGAGAAUGAGUUUGGAUCCAUCAACCAUACCUACACCCUGGACGUAGUGGAGCGAUCUCCUCAUCGGCCUAUUCUUCAGGCCGGCCUCCCGGCCAACACCACUGCCCACGUAGGAGGGGAGGCCAGUUUCGUUUGCAAGGUCUACAGUGACGCCCAACCUCACAUCCAAUGGCUGAAACAUACCACUCAGAAUGGCAGCCGCUACGGCCCAGAUGGACUCCCCUAUGUCAGAGUGUUGAAGCGUUCAGGCAUUAACAGCUCAGACGUGGAAGUGCUCACACUGACCAACGUGACAGAAGAAGAUGCUGGAGAAUAUAUCUGUAAAGUCUCCAAUUAUAUAGGCGAGGCCAGCCAGUCGGGCUGGCUGACUGUCAAACCAGCCCAUGAGAAAACCCCCGAGCCCCUCUCCCCAGACUAUGUGGAGAUCGCAAUAUACUGUGCAGGCGUCUUCCUCAUUGCCUGCAUGGUGGGCAUUGUGGUAGUGUGCCGCAUGAGGAACACUGCAAAGAAGCCCGACUUUGGAGGCCAACCAACGGUUCACAAACUGACCAAGCAGAUCCCUCUGCGCCGCCAGGUUUCAGCAGACUCAAGUUCUUCCAUGAACUCUAGUACACCUCUGGUGCGCAUUACAACACGGCGGAGCUCUGCACACGAUGAGCCGAUCCCGGAGUACGACCUUCCCGAGGAUCCGCGGUGGGAGUUUCCUAGAGACAGGUUGACCUUGGGCAAACCCCUCGGUGAGGGCUGUUUUGGCCAAGUUGUAAUGGCAGAGGCACUGGGCAUUGAUAAGGACAAACCCAAGGAGGCUGUAACUGUUGCAGUCAAGAUGCUGAAAGAUGACGCCACUGAGAAGGACCUCUCUGACCUGGUGUCAGAGAUGGAGAUGAUGAAGAUGAUCGGCAAACAUAAGAACAUCAUUAACCUUUUGGGGGCCUGUACACAGGAUGGCCCCCUCUACGUGAUAGUAGAGUACGCCUCCAAAGGUAACCUCAGGGAGUACCUCCGAGCCCGCCGGCCACCCGGCAUGGAAUACUCCUACGACAUUGCCCGUGUCUCAGAUGAACAGCUCACGUUUAAAGAUCUGGUCUCUUGCACUUAUCAGGUGGCACGGGGCAUGGAAUACCUAGCAUCACAGAAGUGUAUACACAGAGACCUGGCAGCGAGGAAUGUCCUGGUCACAGAAAGCAAUGUCAUGAAGAUUGCUGACUUUGGUCUGGCCAGGGAUGUCCACAACAUCGACUACUAUAAAAAGACGACCAAUGGUCGUCUCCCGGUGAAAUGGAUGGCUCCAGAGGCACUCUUUGACCGGGUCUACACACACCAGAGUGAUGUCUGGUCAUUUGGGGUGCUGAUGUGGGAGAUCUUCACCCUAGGGGGCUCACCCUACCCUGGCAUUCCCGUUGAGGAGCUUUUCAAGUUGCUCAAAGAGGGCCAUCGCAUGGACAAGCCUGGAAACUGCACCAAUGAGCUAUACAUGAUGAUGAAAGAUUGCUGGCAUGCCAUCUCAUCCCAGAGACCGACCUUCAAGCAGCUAGUAGAGGAUCUGGAUCGCAUCCUAACCCUGAGUACCAAUGAGGAGUAUCUGGACCUGUGCGCCCCAACAGAGCAGUAUUCCCCCAGCUUCCCCGACACUCGUAGCUCCUGCUCCUCCGGUGACGACUCUGUGUUUUCCCACGACCCGUUACCGGACGAGCCGUGCCUCCCCAAGUACCAGCACAUCAACGGGAAUGUCAAAACAUGAGCCCUCAUCCACCUAAUUAGCCCUUCCCCAAUCCUACCCGUCAAAGUCCUAAAACACGCGUAGCACAGACACCUUCUCCGAAAUGCUUCAAACUUCCUGCCCCCUCGCAUCCCGGUGGCUCCUGGUGGACUAAUGGACCCAGAUAGGACUGGGCUGGUGGCAACGCUGCUGUCACUCUCUCAUACUGCCAUAUGCUCACACUAUAUAUAGGACAUGCUCACAUGUGGUCUUAAAGGAGAGGAUAGGGGACCCUACAGAAGCUAUUUUGUACUGACUGAAUGAAUUGAUGUUCCUAAGGGAUCCUCCUCCUCUUCCUCUCUCGAUAUAAACAGAGAAUUUUCAUUUUUGGUUCUCAUGUUUGCACCCAGAGUUUUUCUUUUUGUUUUUGUUUUGUUUUUUCCAUCAAUGUUUGGUGGUCCAAUUCCAGUGACUGGCAUCCGAAGACUGUUAUGUACUCCUGGAGGAAUGUAUGGGCUCAUGUGAACUUACAAAAAAACAAAAAAACAAGGGACCAGAAGAGGAUGACAAAAUAGGAAACGGACUAAGAGAAAGAGCUGCGACUAACAAAACAGAGGAAUAGGUGGAGAGCAAAUAUACAAAACUUCUAUCCUGUUUAUUUUGUAAUAUUAAUGCAUUUCUUUUUCAGUUCUCUUGAUAAACCUUCCCAACUAUUCUGGAGAAAGAAAUACACAGUAUAAUGUAUAGUACUGGGUAUAUUUGUAAAUAUAUUCAAAUAUGUAUAAAAAUAUAUUAUAUAUUUACAAUGAAUUAUUUUUUGUAUGGACUCGGAUAUAACCCCAACCCCCACCCCGACAACUCCCACUCUGAGUUUAAAACAGGUGUGCUAACAGGUUAUGUGUCCUAUAUUUCUCAUCUCACGCACACGCUCACACACAGACAGGGAUACACACUUUAAUACACACAAACGCCUGUCUUACACUCAUUGACCCUUCUCUCAGUAACACAGUCGAGUAUUGGCUUUCAGGGACCGAGGUAGCAUGUUAAUUUAUUGACUUACGUUUUUUUUUUUUUAAUGAAUCAAAAAGAAUAAAAAAUAAUAUGGCAGAAAUGAUGACAUUAAUGAUGCUGA